AUGUUAUUUCUGAUAUUAAUUUUAGUUUCAGUUGCAAGGGCAAACGAUUUUAUAACUGUGAUUUCGGAAUCGUACUCGUACGUAAGUUAUCCCGAUUAUAGAAUACUGAACGACGGCAACAUAAUACCAACACUUGCUCUCGGUACAUUUACUCCCUAUAAAUCUGAAAGAGAUCCAGGCGUGAUAGAGCAAGCAGUAAUUACUGCAAUUGAAGCUGGAUAUAGACAUAUUGAUACAGCGCCCCUUUAUUGCACCGAGGGUGAGAUCGGUAAUGCCAUAAAUAACGUAACAAGCCGUGGUAUUGUGACAAGAGAGGAAUUAUUUAUCACUACCAAGGUAAAUCCAACAUAUACUGAACUGGAGCUAACUGCCUACUGUUUAAGAGAAGGUAUUGCGGUAAUGUCUUACGGACCUUACGGUUUCAUGGUGCCGAGGCCUUUCAGAAAUAUAACAGCUCGUCCGCCGACGUUUGAUGACCAAACUUUGAAAAUCAUAGCUAAUAAAUAUGGAAAAUCGACAAAGCAAGUGGUUCUACGUUAUUUGGUUGCACUCUCCGCAAAGAACCAACCAAAGAUAUUGCUAAAUGAUGGUAACGAGAUGCCAAUCAUCGCAUUCGGUACCUUUGGUAGGGUUGGAGUCUCGGCAAAGGACCAACCAAAGAUAAGGCUAAAUGAUGGUAACGAAAUGCCCACCAUCGCGUUCGGUACAUUUGGUAGGAUAGUUGAUAUUACAACUGAAGUUAGACAGUCAGUGAUAUGGGCGGUAAAAGCUGGAUACAGGCAUAUUGAUACCGCUGCCGUAUAUUUAAAUGAGGAGGAAGUCGGUAAAGCUAUAAAAAAUGUUACCACUGGAGGUAUUGUUAAGAGAGAAGAUUUGUUUAUAACAACAAAGCUCGACUUCGGAUUGAACGGAUCAAUGGUUCUCUCGGCGCUUAAUACAUCGUUAAAUAAAUUACAACUGGAUUAUGUGGAUUUAUAUCUCAUUCACAUACCAAAUAAUUGGAUAACUUUAGAAGAAUACGAUUUAGUGGAUACUUGGAAAGGAAUGGAGGAAGUUAAAAGAAUGGGCUUGGCUAAAUCUAUCGGCGUGUCCAAUUUCAAUAGUUCUCAUAUCAAUAGGCUCCUAACACACAAUAAUAUACGACCAGCAGUUAAUCAAGUUGAGGUAAAUCCUACUCAUGCAAGCUUAGAUUUGGUGGCCUAUUGUCAAAAAGAAGGUAUAGUGGUCACAUCUUAUGCUCCAAUGGGCUUUUUAGUUCCACGACCAUUCAGAGACUAUGCACCACCACCACUGAUUGAUGACCCAAAUUUAACAAGCUUGUCAAUAAAAUACGGAAAAACUGUUCGACAAAUACUGAUACGUUACUUGUUGGAUUGCGGAACUGUGCCAAUAUCGAAAUCUUCUAACAAAAAUCACAUACAAGAAAACAUCGACGUUUUCGACUUUUCUCUUUCUAAGGAAGACAUAUAUUUACUCAAUGAAUUCAAUCUAAAUAUGAAAGUAUAUGACUUCAGUAUUGAAAUUGCAGAGGCUUUGGUUUGGUACUACUAUGGCAUGAAAGUUGAAGAUUUCUUCCCAUCU